AUGGUUGCCAUGCCUCCGGGGAUGGUGCGACAUGGUUUCUCAGUCCCAGCGGCGGUCCCAGUACUGUCGCUGCUGCUAGCCGCCAGCUGGCCCUCCUAUGGCCUGGCCUGGGCCUCUGACCCCUCCACCACCCCCUCUUCCCCUUACCCCACCUUCACCCGCACAGACGCCCUCUUCGAGCACCUGGCCCUGCACCCGGACCCUGCAGUCGGGCGCAUCUACGUGGGGGCGCGGGACCACCUCUUCCAGCUGGACCGCAAUCUGACCGCCGAGCUCCAGGACAACACGGGGCCCGUGACGGACAGCCGCGAGUGCCUGCCCCCCGUCACCGAGAGCAACUGCCCGCAAGCGCGGCGCACCAGCAACCACAACAAGCUCCUGCUGGUGGACCCCUACGCCAUGGAACUGAUCACUUGCGGCAGCGUCAACCAGGGCAUCUGCCAGAAGCGGAGUCUGGACUCGGUGGGUACGGUGCUGUUCUCGGCCGAGCGGCCCGUGGACACGCAGUACGUGGCUGCCAACCACCCAAACGUGAGCACGGUGGGCCUGGUGGUGCGCUCCCGCCCCGACCGCCAGCCCGUGCUCUUUGUGGGCCGCGGCUACACCAGCAGCCACCCACCCAUCUCCACACGCAACCUGGCCCAGGAGCCCGUCUUCUCCUACGAAGAAACGGCGAAGCUAGCGGUGGCGGGUCGCCUCUCGGAGUACGACCACCACUUCGUGGCGUCCUUCGCCCACCGCCAGCACGUCUACUUCCUGUUCUACCGCCGCGACAUUAAGUCUCAGUCUCGCGAGUACCGCACCUACGUGUCACGCGUGUGCCUGGACGACCAGGCCUACUACUCGUACGUGGAAGUGCCCCUGGCCUGUCGCUCAGCGGCCGGGAAGAGCUACAACUUGCUCCAGGCUGUCCGCCUUGGUCUACCACCCAAGCAGAGUGGGGGCGAUGCUGGGCAGGCAGAGGUGCUCCUGGGGGUGUUCUCCACCCGGCAGGCCUCGUCCACGCGACCCAGCGAGGACUCUGCUCUUUGCAUGUUCAAUCUUGACGAUUUGGACCAGAGGAUCAACUCCACCAGGGACCUGUGUUACACGCAGUUCGGCCGGGACGAGGGAGGGGGGGAGGCGGCCUACAUCGAGUACGAGGUCAAAUCCAACUGCGCCAACCUGCCUUCGAAUACCCUUGAUGCCUACCCCUGUGGUUCGGACCACACCCCCAGUCCAAUGGCCAGCCGGGUGCCGGUGGAAACCGAGCCCAUAUUGGACAGCCCGUCCGCCCGUCUCACCGCAGUGGCUGUCAGCGUGAGGGUGUUCCUGGGCCCUAAUGGUGAGGUGGAGGAGUAUGCCGUCGUCUCCAUCCAGGCCAACGCAGCCAUCAGCUCUGACCUGGUCCUGGAUCAGUCGGAGGAACACCUCUUCAUCAUGACCUCCACCAUGCUGCAGAAGAGGCCGGUGGCAGAGUGCCACGAACACCUGGACUGCCAGGCCUGUUUGUCGGCCCACGACCCCUACUGUGGCUGGUGUGUCCUGGAGGGGAGGUGUGGCCAGCGGUCUCAGUGUUCACACAGGGCUCAGGAGGGCCAGUGGCUGUGGAGCUUCGACAUGGAGCAGCAGUGCCUCACCAUCCAGUCCCUCAGCCCCUCCAACAUCAGCCGUGAGGAGAAGGGACGUAUUGCUCUAUCGGUCCCGGGCCUGCCCAUCCUAGAAGAGGACAACUCGUACGCCUGUUACUUCCAUGACACUGAGAGUCCUGCCACGGUCACCGACACGGGCGUCACCUGCCUCUCCCCUGACCCCCACAGGGUGCCAGCUGUGCCCCCUGGACAAGAGUUUGUCACGGUCACCCUGUCCCUGCGCUUCGGUGAUGUCGUCAUCACGGCAACAGAGUUCACCUUCUACGACUGUACCGCAGUCAAGCAGCUGUCUGGGAGCGUGCCUUGCCGUGGUUGCGUGUUGAGUCGCUGGGGCUGCAACUGGUGUGUCCACCAGCACACCUGUACCCACAAGCCCACCUGUGACAAGGGGGUCAUCAUCUACAACGAACACUUUAAACUCCCCACCUCGGCUCCUCCCACUACUAAAGCCGUAACUAUAACAACGACUUCCCCAUCCACAACUGUGGCCCCCACAACAGCAACUGCGCCCCCAACAACUACAACAGCAACCGCGCCCCCAACAACGACAACUACCACAAUUACAACAACUAUCGCCACGACUACAACAACCGAAGCCCCAACCACCAUAGCUACCACCGAGGAGCCUCCGACAACAACCCUGCCUACAACUGUCCCCACAACCACCACACCAGAGCCGACUACACCGCCCACCACUGCUAUGUCGACGGAGGCCCCCACCACUCUUCCCCCUACAACGUUAGUCGAGGCUACAACGCCCAAGCCUGAGACCACCACCAGUGAGAAAGAGGAGCAAACAACCACAGGAGAGCUCUUUGCAGAGGCUGAAAGUGAAACUGAAGGCCCUGUGGUUACCCCUGGUGACAUGGAGCUCGCCGCGGAAACCGAGGUGGCGACAGUUAUGACCGAAGACGAGCAGCCGUCCGAUGAUCUCGCCACCCUAAACCCCCUGGCAUUCCCCCCCGAGACAUCCCCAUUGGAAGUGGUCAUCGCGUCCCCCCCUCAGGAACUGGACGAGGCUUUGACUCUGGCCAAGCCCCCCAUGGAGGUCCAGCCCACCACUGGCAGCUCCCCCUUCCCGACCCCCUUCCCCCUGUGGGAACCGGCCAACUCGGAGCCCACCUUCCACCUAGACCUGACGGGAGCCCACUUCCCUCCCCCACUAGAGCCCCUCCCCCCCACUGAGGCGGAGGGCCAGGGAGCCGAGCCGGAAGUGUUCCUCUGGCCCAUGGAGGAAGUGGAGGAGGAGACGGAGGGCACAGCGGCGGAGAACGACACCAGCGUGGCGUUUUCAGCCACCACCGUGCUUUCAGGGGACGGAGAGGCAGCUGAGCACUCCCCUUCGGCCUCUGCCUACCCCCGACUUCUUGACGCCGACUCAGAGCUGGACUACCAGUACGACUCGGCCGACAUCUUCCUGCCGGACAGAGACCUGGACUACGAGUGUGUGUUGGUGAUCGAGGGCCGUACGGUGGUGGUGGAUGCCUAUGUGGAGAUGGACGAGAUGAACCCGUCUCUCUUUGACAUCACCUGUCAGCUGCACCAGUAUUCCUACUCUGCCCCGGCGGAAGAGUACAACGCCAUGGUGUACGUGAAGAGGCGGGACACCUUCCACGUGGACAGCGCUCACGACCUGUAUGUGACUCUGUACAACUGUUCAGUGGGGCGUUCAGACUGUAGCCGGUGUCACACGGCGGACCAGAAGUAUGGCUGUGUGUGGUGCGGAGGGGGCCAGUCCACCUGUCUCUACGGAGACUCCUGCAGCGAGCCUAUCGAACAGACCUGCCCCGCCCCCGUCAUUCAUACCAUCGAGCCCCUGUCAGGUCUGGUGGAGGGGGGCACGGUGGUGACCAUCUCAGGGUCCAACCUGGGCCAGAAGGCUGAGGACAUUCUCCACUCUGUCAGUGUGGCCGGGGUUUCUUGCUCUGUCAUCCCCCACCUCUACGAGGUCUCCUCCAGGAUCGUGUGUAAGACUGAAGCCAGCGGGGGAGAGAAGAUGGGCCAGGUGUCAGUAGAAGUGAGCGGGGGAGAGUUUGGCCUCUCCAGCCAGAGGUUCAGUUACCAGGACCCCUUUGUGAUGGAGGUGUCCCCCCAGAGGGGUCCCAUGGCGGGGGGAUCAUCCCUUACCAUCACUGGGAGGAACCUGCUCACGGGACGCCCCUCUGACAUCACUGUCACUGUGGGAGGAGUGCCCUGUGUCAUUUCGUCGGAGGUCCAGGAGGGCAGUGUGGUGUGUGUGACGGGCAGCAGCAAUGGGACGGGAGAGCACCGCGUGACGCUUCGCUAUGGCGACAGCCAGCGCCACCUCCACGAGUCGGCCUACCGCUACACCCCCAACCCCAACAUCACCCAGGCCGCGCCCGCCAAGAGCUUCCUCAGCGGUGGUCGUCUGGUCUUCGUGUCUGGUCAUAACCUGGAUGUGGUGCAGGAACCUAGGAUGUUGGUGACCCUGUCCCCCUAUGAGUCCAUCGGCCAGAGGAAGAGAAGGAGGAGUGGAAGCGAAAGGGAGGAAGAGACUGAGGACAAGGUGCUGCUGUUGAGGCAUCGCAGGAUCGUCCCGGAGCCCCAUUGCCCCGGGGACCCCCUAUGCUCCAUAAAACAGUACAUAGAGCGCUGCGAGGUGAACUCCUCCAGUCUGAUCCUGUGUCGGAGCCCGGCGGUGGAGCCCUCGGUGUGGGGCUCGCGGGUUGAUGUGGCCUUCCUCCUGGACAACCUGCGCUUCCCGUUCGGUGCCGUCAGCCCCCAGGGGGCCUUCAGCUACGAGCCCAACCCUGUGCUGCACCCGCUCAACCAGCAGGAGCCCCUCAAGCCCUACCGCUACAACCCAGGAAGCUUCAUUCAGCUGGAGGGUGAGAACUUGGACCUGGCCAUCUCUAAGGAGGAGGUGGUGGUACUGGUGGGGGAGGGUGUGUGUGCCGUGAAGACCCUCACCAGGAACCACCUGUACUGCGAGCCCCCGCCCCAGCAGCCCGUCCCGGGACCUCCCAACGGCGGCAGGAAGCGCGAGGGCGCCGACACGCUGCCCGAGUUCACCGUCCACAUGGGCAACCUGAACUUCUCCCUGGGCAGGGUGCAGUAUGACACCCUCAGCCUGUCCACCUUCCCCCUCGAGGCCCAGAUAGGGGUGGGCGUGGGGGCCUCCAUUGUAGCCCUCAUCGUCCUCAUCAUAGUCCUCAUCUACAGGAGGAAGAGUAAGCAGGCUCUGAGGGACUACAAGAAGGUACAGAUCCAGUUGGAGAACCUGGAGACCAGCGUGAGAGACCGGUGCAAGAAAGAGUUCACAGACCUGAUGACGGAGAUGAUGGACAUGUCCAGUGACCUGGUGGGCUCAGGCAUUCCCUUCCUGGACUACCGGCGCUACGCCGAGCGGAUUUUCUUCCCGGGCCACCGCGAGUCGCCCCUGCGGAGGGAUCUGGACGUGCAGGAGUGUCGACGGGCCACAGUGGAGCAGGGCCUGGUGCAGCUCUCCAACCUGCUCAACAGCAAACUCUUCCUCACCAAGUUCAUCCAUACUCUGGAGAGCCAGCGGACGUUCUCGCCUCGGGACCGGGCCUACGUGGCAUCUCUCCUGACGGUGGCGCUGCACGGUAAACUGGAGUACUUCACCGACAUCCUCAAGACCCUCCUCAAUGAUCUAGUGGAGCAGUACGUGGCCAAGAACCCAAAGCUCAUGCUGCGAAGAACGGAGACAGUGGUGGAGAAGCUUCUGACCAACUGGAUGUCCAUCUGCCUUUACGCUUUCCUCAGGGACUCUGCAGGCGAGUCCCUGUACAUGUUGUUCAGGGCUAUCAAGCACCAGGUGGACAAGGGGCCGGUGGAUGCGGUGACGGGAAAAGCAAAGUACACGCUCAACGACAACCGCCUGCUCCGAGAAGACGUGGAGUACAAGACCCUGACCCUGAACGUGUUGAUGCAGGGUGGGGGGGUGAACGAGACCCAGCCGCUGCCCUCCAAGGUGCUGGACAUAGACACCAUCACCCAGGUGAAGGAGAAACUCCUGGACCAGGUCUACAAGGGCACCUCCUUCUCCCACCGGCCACACACAGACUCCCUAGACCUGGAGUGGAGGUCCGGUGUAGCUGGUCAUUUGAUCCUGUCUGAUGAAGACCUGACAUCUGUUGUCCAGGGCAACUGGAAGCGCCUCAAUACACUACAACACUACAAGGUUCCAGAUGGCGCGACAGUGGCUUUGGUCCCGCGCCACAGCAAACACAUCCACCACGACAAUCAUGACUACGUAGCAGGGGAAAAGACGCCCAUGCUGGAGGACGCGGACGAGGGCGGGGUGAGGCUGUGGCACCUGGUCAAGGCCAGUGAGGAGCCUGAGCUACCCAAGCACCGCCGGGGCAGCGUGAGGGAGAGGGAGAGGGCCAAGGCUAUACCAGAGAUCUACCUCACACGCCUGCUCUCUAUGAAGGGAACUCUGCAGAAGUUUGUAGACGACCUGUUCACUGUGAUCCUGUCUACCAGUCGUCCCGUUCCGCUGGCCGUCAAGUACUUCUUUGACCUGCUGGACGACCAGGCACAACACCACGCCAUCACUGACCCCGAGACCAUCCACAUCUGGAAGACCAACAGUUUGCCCCUGAGGUUCUGGAUCAACAUUGUGAAGAACCCCCAGUUCAUCUUUGACGUUCAGCCCUCGGACCACGUGGACGCUGUGCUGACGGUCAUCUCCCAGACGUUCAUGGACUCCUGCACCACCGCUGAGCACAAGCUGGGCAGAGAUUCACCAAUCAACAAACUGCUGUAUGCCCGAGACAUCCCCCGUUACAAGCAGAUGGUGGAAAGGUACUACGCUGACAUCAGACAGACCAUCUCUGCCAGUGAUCAGGAGAUGAACUCCGCUCUAGCAGAGCUGUCCAGGAAUUACUCAGGAGAGUUGAAUUACCUUGUCGCCCUGCACGAGUUGUACAAGUACAUCAACAAAUACUAUGACCAGAUCAUCGGGGCCCUAGAGGAGGACAGCAUGGCCCAGAAAAUGCAGCUGGGCUACCGGCUCCAGCAGGUCGCUGCAGCCGUGGAGAACAAAGUCACCGACUUGUGACAGCAGAACCACCGACCGAGACCACGCCGGCCAGGGGGACCACAUUAAGAGACGCGCACACUGUGAGGUUACCCACUAGAGUGGGGGAGGGAAACGCAGAGUGAGGAGCAAAAAGCCCCACCCCCUUUUCCACAUUAAGGGCCAAUGGGUGACUGGUGUUUACACACAAACUCUCCUUUUUUUUUGGGGGGGGGGGGGGGUGGAUUGGGCUGCUGGACACAUGAAGCCCUCUAGAGAUGGUGGUGGACACAAACCCUUCUCUCACUCUCCACUGUGGACAACAACAGGAGGGAAAGGGCAAGGGAGACAUACAGACCAGGAGCCUUUGUUUGUAUGUCCCACCCGUUCAACCUUCAGCCUUGAGUUGGACCACGUUGUGGCAUCUGCGUCUGCCUCUCUUCUAGAACUCUCUGUGGAAGUAGGAGAAUUAUAAGAAAGUGCUUGGGAGAUCUGGAUGUUAUCCGGACGCUAUCUGGACAUUACGUGACGUGUCAAUGGAAACGUGCUGAAGUCAAAACUCUGUAGUCUCAUAUGAAUGAAUGAAAGAAGUCGUGUUAUAUGUAUCAACAUGGUGGUUCUAGUGGAAGCUAGAUGGAGAGUGAGUGUGAGAGAGAGAUGGAAAGGACUUACCGGUCACUGUUUUUGGUAUGGUAUGACGUGAAGCCUUUUCACAAUGGGAAACACUGGGUGGAUGAAAUGGAAAAGGGUACUUCCCAUGCCUUGUGCUUGUGUCGUUGCAUAAUUAGAGGUUGUAUGUCUGUCCAUCUCCCUCUUUAAAUGUGCAUGCGUGCAAGGGUAAACUGUUUUGGUUUACAUGCCCUGCCCACAGACACCAUUGUUUUAUGUA